AUGUCCAAAAAAGGACGUAGCAAAGGCGAAAAGCCUGAGGCACUGAUUGUAGCCCUACAGGCUGCCAAUGAGGAACUCAGGACCAAGCUAACGGACAUCCAAAUUGAGCUGCAUCAGGAGAAAUCUAAGAUUGCUAAACUUGAAAGAGAGAAGACUCAAGAAACAAAGCGUAUCCGUGAAGUGGAGCAGCGCAAGCAAACUGUGCAAAUCACAGAGCUAAAAGCCAAACUCCAUGAGGAGAAAAUGAAAGAGCUGCAGGCUGUGAGGGAGAACCUCAUCAAACAGCAUGAGCAGGAGAUGACACGAAUGGUGAAAGUCCGAGACAGUGAAAUCCAGCGUCUCAAGUCAGCGUUGUGUGCCCUGCGGGAUGGCAGCAGCGAUAAAGUAAGGACAGCCCUGACUAUUGAGGCUCGUGAAGAGGCCAGAAAACAGUUUGACUCUGAGCGCCUUAAGCUUCUGCAGGAAAUUACUGAACUUAAGUCUGCCAAAAAGCAGGUAGAUGAGGCCUUGAACAAUAUGAUCCAAGCUGACAAGAUCAAAGCAGGUGAUCUUCGAAGUGAGCACCAGUCUCACCAGGAAGCCAUUUCUAAGAUCAAGUGGGAGAGUGAGAGGGAUAUUCGCCGCCUGAUGGAUGAGAUCAAGGCUAAAGAUAGGAUCAUAUUUUCCUUGGAGAAAGAACUGGAGACACAAACAGGCUAUGUGCAGAAGCUGCAGCUGCAGAAAGAAGCUCUGGAUGAACAGCUUUUCCUGGUGAAAGAGGCAGAGUGUAACAUGAGCAGUCCCAAGAGGGAGAUCCCAGGAAGGGCCGGAGAUGGCUCAGAGCACUGCAGCAGCCCUGACUUGCGCAGGAACCAGAAGAGGAUAGCUGAGUUGAAUGCAACAAUCCGGAAACUGGAAGACAGGAACACGUUAUUGGUUGAUGAACGAAAUGAACUGCUGAAGCGUGUCCGAGAAGCUGAAAAACAAUGUAAACCUCUCCUGGAGAAGAACAAGUGCCUCACAAAGAGAAAUGAUGAACUGAUGCAGUCUUUGCAGCGCAUAGAAGAUAAACUCAAAGCAGUCACUAAAGAAAACAUAGAAAUGAGAGAAAAAAUGACAUCGCAUCCUCCACUAAAGAAACUAAAAUCUCUCAAUGACCUGGAUCAGGCUAAUGAAGAACAAGAAACAGAAUUUUUAAAGCUUCAGGUCAUAGAACAGCAGAACAUAAUUGAUGAGUUAACAAGGGACAGGGAAAAACUCAUUCGUCGCAGAAGGAGUAAAAGGAGUUCAAAGCCAAUUAAGAGACACGUGAUAGACACAGUUUUGGGGUAUGAUGAUGAUUCUAUGGACUCUGAAACAUCCUCAGUGGCCUCAUACAGAACAGACAGAACACCAGCAACUCCGGAUGAUGAUCUGGAUGAGAGUUUAGCUGCAGAAGAAUCAGAGCUGCGGUUUCGACAGUUGACAAAGGAAUAUCAGGCCCUGCAGAGAGCUUAUGCACUACUGCAAGAGCAAACAGGAGGCGUCAUAGAUGCUGAAAGAGAAGCCAAGGCUCAGGAGCAGCUCCAGGCAGAAGUCCAGAGAUACAAAGCCAAAAUAGAAGAUUUGGAGAAAACUUUAGCACAAAAAGGACAGGAUUCCCAUUGGGUGGAAGACAAACAGCUUUUCAUUAAGAGGAACCAAGAGCUUUUAGACAAGAUAGAAAAACUGGAAGCAGAAAACAACCGUCUGCAACAGGAGCUACAGGAUGCCCGGGACCAGAAUGAGCUGCUGGAGUUCCGCAACCUGGAGCUGGAGGAAAGAGAGAGACGGUCCCCACCAUUUAAUCUUCAAAUUCACCCAUUCUCAGACGGUGUGAGUGCUCUACAGAUAUACUGCAUGAAGGAAGGGGUGAAGGAUGUCAGCAUCCCAGACCUCAUAAAACAAUUAGACAUCCUAGGUGAUAAUGGGAAUUUAAGAAAUGAGGAGCAAGUGGCUAUAAUUCAGGCUUCCACUGUGUUGUCUUUGGCAGAAAAGUGGAUUCAGCAGAUUGAGGGAGCUGAGGCUGCUCUGCACCAGAAGAUGAUGGAACUGGAGAGCGAUAUGGAGCAAUUUUGCAAAAUAAAAGGUUAUUUGGAGGAAGAACUAGACUACAGGAAGCAAGCUCUUGACCAGGCAUACAUGAGGAUCCAGGAGCUUGAGGCCACCUUGUACAAUGCUUUGCAGCAAGAAACGGUGAUAAAGUUUGGAGAACUGCUCACUGAAAAACAGCAGGAAGAGCUCAGGACAGCAGUAGAAAAGCUAAGACGCCAGAUGCUGAGGAAAAGCAGAGAAUAUGAUUGCCAGAUUCUUCAGGAGAGGAUGGAGCUGCUCCAGCAGGCUCAUCAGAGGAUCCGAGAUUUAGAAGACAAAACUGACAUCCAAAAGAGACAAAUUAAGGACUUGGAGGAAAAGAGCACCCGGCCACACAGAUUUGUCCCUAGAAAAGCAAAUGCUUCCAACCCCCCAAUGAAGAGAACCUUGUUUACAUCUGUUUAAGAAAAACAAAAAAACAAAUGAACAACCUGUAGCCAAGACCACAACCACCUUGUAUUUUAAAGCCAUCACUCAAGAUUCGUUAACGGACAGUUCCUGUCUAAAGCUAUGAUA